CCCAAACAGAGCAGCACAGUUUGUAUAAACGUCCCACAAUGAUCGGAGCUGCUGGAGGGAUAACAAUUAGCGCGAUGCCCAACACUGGCUGAAGGGAGGAAUGUGCAAGGCUCUGAGCAAACGCACCCAGUGGGAGAUGGAAGGCUUGAGAGGAGGAGAGGGGUCGUCCAGUAACCAGUGCAGGAAUUUCCUCUCCAGCCCCUCGGUGUUUGGGAGCCCCUCGGGCAGGACGGUUCCGGGAUUGGCCUAUUCGGCACCGGAUCGCUCCAGCUCAUCCCGGGCAGAGGCCACCAAAGAAGGUCCAGCGUGCCCCGCUUCCACUGGCCCGUCUGGCCCAUCCCUUGGCUGUGGAUACCACUUCGGCAACGGAUACUACAGUUGUCGUAUGUCUCAUGGGGUCGGGCUACAGCAGAACCCCCUGAAAUCCUCCAGCCAUGCUUCCCUAGGGAGCUUUCCAGUGGAGAAAUACAUGGACGUGUCUGGCUUGGCCAGUACCAGUGUCCCCAGCAAUGAGGUGGCUUCAAGGGCCAAGGAGGUGUCUUACUUUCAGGGCUACACCAACCCCUACCAGCAUGUCCCUGGCUACUUGGAUAUGGUCUCCACUUUUAGCUCUGGGGAGCCCAGGCACGAGACCUACAUCUCCAUGGAAGGCUAUCAGUCAUGGACUCUGGCUAAUGGCUGGAACGGGCAAGUUUAUUGUGCUAAAGACCAGUCCCAAGCCCCACAUUUCUGGAAGUCCUCCUUCCCAGGAGAUGUUGCGCUAAACCAGGCGGACAUGUGCGUGUACAGGCGCGGCAGAAAGAAGAGGGUGCCCUACACUAAACUCCAACUGAAAGAACUGGAAAAUGAAUACGCAGUUAACAAGUUCAUUAACAAGGACAAGAGGAGAAGGAUAUCUGCCACCACCAACCUCUCUGAGAGACAGGUCACUAUAUGGUUCCAGAACAGGAGGGUCAAGGACAAGAAGAUCGUGUCCAAAAUAAAAGAUACCAUUUCCUGAUCGGCCCUUUUCUCGCCCAAGGGAAAACUUGAACCAUCCCAAGUGUGAGGUGCGCUCCUCUCCUGUGUUUCUGGGGCAACCGACAGAUCGUUCAGUGUGAACCCCAAUUGCAUAGAACCUUUCGAUUGUUUUCUCUCUUUCUCUCUCUCUCGCUGGUACUGAAUUCUGUACAGAACCAAAACCAUUGCGUAAUAAUCCAGCGCCACUUCCCACCCGCCAGGAAACCUUUCCCUGUCUGUAAUUGCAGGGGAAACUCUCCUGUAAUCCCCAAGUCUCUGUGUAGUACACGGGGCACCGUAUAGUCUAUAUAUUUUAUGUUUUUCAGAAAACAUUUGUGCCAUUACUUGUCUCACCCUAUUCAGCCCCAAAGAAUCCUAAACAUGGGUCUUAAUUUAAAUUCUUAAUCAUAUGAAAUGACACAUUUUGAAGAAAAAAUAAGUUAAAUACAGGGAUGGUUUUAAUUGAUAUUGCUCUUAAUUUUGUGUGUUUACAAAUAACGGGAAAAAUCGAUAUUCCUGAAUAUUUGAAUUGGAAUAUCAUCUUGUUUAGAUGGCCUUUGUUCAAAUUCAAACAUUUGGCACUGCAAUUCUGCGAGAAAAUAAUAUUCAAUAUUUUUGUACGGAUUUAUUAACUAUCGAUGAAUAAUAUUUAUUGUUAUAAAGCAGUCUCUCUCCAGGUAGGAACAUAUACAAGAGUUCGAGCUAUGCAAUAACCCUUUGUCUUGGAUGAUAAAGGCCACGAAUUCAAAUUAAAAUGAAAAUUAAUGAAAUUGGACUUCUUUUUUAAGUGCUAGAGUCCUUCACGAUUUCCACCAUGCAUACAAUAUUAUAGAAUGGAGCCCCUCUUCCCUCAAAAGUAAACUUUUCUGUGGUUUUCACUAUUUUUCAAAGAAAAAAAAUCUUGUACAAUUUUUAUUAAAACGUGUUUGUUUUUAAGGAAAUGUUUUAAAGCACUUGUAUUUUUAUAUUGUUUAAAUGAUAAAAAAAAAUGAACUUUGGUAUAAUGGCCUCUAUAAAAAAAAAAUAACUCCUGGCGUUAAUAAAAAUGUAUAUGAUUGUAAUUGCUACAUGUGUGUAGUGUUUAUCGGCUGUGUGCCAUGGGCUCUGGAAUUCUUUUAUACAGCAGCAGCAGCAGAGACAGGGAAGGCGCAAGGUUUUGCACACGUUGCAGGGCACUUUUUAUUGGAGUGCAGCACAGACACAAUGCACAAACACAGAUACACACAUAGCAUUGCCCAGCAUUGCCCAGCAAACUCAAUCAUGGAUGGUAUGGUAAUGUGGAUUUCAGUAGAGGAUAAAUGAGUUG